CCUGAGAUCACUCCCUUUCCUUUGCCAUUGCAAAGCAGCAAACCACACAAAAUGAGAUUCUUCCGACGCUCAUUAGCAGCAUUGCUGCCUCUCCUCUGCCUCGUCGCCCCAAUCUCUGCCGCCGCCGAAGACCGCUUCGCAACCGGCCUCUCCCAACAGCUCUCGACCUCCCGAAGCCUCAAACUCGACGAUGUCUCCUACAGCGAGCUCACCAGCGCCCCACGAGACUACCACGUCGCAGUCCUCCUGACGGCCCUCGACGCAAGAUUCGGAUGUGGCCUGUGCAAUACCUUCCAACCGGAGUGGGAAUUGCUGGCGAGGAGUUGGGCAAAGGGGGACAAGAAGGGCGAGUCGAGAUUGCUCUUUGGCACAUUGGACUUUGAAGAUGGCAAGGCCACCUUCCAAGCGAUGCAACUUCAAACCGCUCCAGUCCUACUUCUCUACUACCCUACAAUUGGACCCAAUGCAAAGACCAGCGGCAAUAACCCAGUUCGCUACGACUUUACUACAGGCUCCGACAACGCCGACCCCAUCCACGCCUGGCUGAGCCGCCAACUGCCCGCCGACGCCCCAAAGCCCCCCGUCGUCCGCCCAACAGACUACGUCAAAAUCGCCACCCUGACCACCAUCACCCUCGGCGUCAUCAGCCUCAUCAGCGUUGCCUGGCCGUACAUGCUGCCCUAUAUUCAAAGCCGCAACCUCUGGGCUAUCCUGUCCAUCAUCGCUAUCCUGCUCUUCACCUCGGGCCACAUGUUCAACCAUAUUCGCAAAGUGCCGUACGUGGCGGCCGACGGCAAGGGCAAGGUCACGUACUUUGCAGGCGGCUUCCAGAAUCAGUUGGGCCUGGAGACGCAGAUCAUUGCUGCGAUUUACGGGGUGCUCGCCUUUGCCACCAUCUCCCUCGCCCUCAAAGUCCCCCGCAUGGCCGAUCCGCGCUCACAACAGAUUGCCGUGAUCGUCUGGGGCGGCGUUAUCUUCGGCACGUACUCCUUCUUGCUCAGCAUCUUUCGGGUGAAAAACGGUGGAUAUCCCUUCUACCUGCCGCCCUUCUAGAGAACGCGGUCCUCGUCCACGGCAAUGUCUCUGUCCACCCAUCCUCAGCGGAAGUGCAGCGUUGUGGGUGUAUACUAGUGUCGAACAAUUCUUGACAAGAUAGGACUCGUUAGAGCGGAAUCUCAUGUUGUACGCGCCAUUUCACCGGUCAUUUUAAACCCCUCUCAGUAUACGCAUGUUCUCACGUUCUCGGAAGUCAUUGUGUGCUGCUGGUCUCAUAGCCAUGCAGUAUCACUUCAAAAAGACA